UCUGCCGGGGCAGCCGGUCAGGGAAACUUUUUCGGGGGGGGAAAAAGUUUGGGUUGUUUUUUUUUUUUUUCUCUCUCCCUCUCUGUGUCUCUCUCCUCCCGCUGUCAGGUGACUUUUUAGCCUUAGAAGCUAAUGAGCGUGGAUGCUCCGGGGAUUCCAGUGAUGGACCCUGCGGCUCUCUCCAGGCGGAACACGGCGCUGAGAUUAGUUGAUUUGGCGGGGGCUCCUCGCCACCACCACCACCCCCCUCAGAGCAUGACAGGCUUCCCGGGCUUCGCCGGGCACCCCCACGCCACGGCGCCCACACAGCCGGGGGAGCACGCCGCCGAGUCUUGCCUCGGGCCGCACCCGCUCCGGCCAGAACACAUGGGGCACCACCAUCCUCCUCCUCAUCCUCCUCCUCAGCAUCACCCCGCGGCCCUUAAGCUCAGCCCUGCCCCUCAUCCCCACCACCAGCUCCACCACCACCAUCAUCAUCAUCAUCAUCAUCAUAUGGCAGGCCAAGCCGAGGUGGUCUCUAGUCAAACGGGAGCGUUUGGCCCGGCGCAGUCACCAGCAGCCCCUUACCCUGUCUCUCACCCAGCCCAGGCUCUGGCAGCAGGUAGGGACUUCUUCAUACGCAGAGACCUGCCGGCCCCACUCAUGCCAGGGCUGACCGAGCAGCACCCCGCUGCAAGUUCUCACCACGGACUGUUUGUCUCAACAACAGGUAGCUACCCCGGACACCAUGGUCACCACCACCACCACCACUCAGAAGCUGGGAAUCCCUCUCUAUUCACUGGACUCCAUGAGCAGCCUCCCCAUGCAGCUCCAGGUGGCCAUCUAAACGGACAGAUAAGACUGGGGUUACCUGGAGAAAUGUACGCCAGGUCUGAACAUUUCACUCAAGUACCAGCCUCCAGGACAGAUCCUUUUGCUGCUUCUUCGCUUCAUAGCUACGGUGGCAUGAAUCUGAACGUGAAUCUGGCUCCACACCACGGCCCGGGGGCCUUCUUUCGUUACAUGAGGCAGCCUAUCAAACAAGAACUCAUCUGUAAGUGGAUUGAGUUGGACCAGACUCCCAAAAAAUUAUGCUCGAAAACUUUCAGCACGAUGCACGAGCUGGUGACUCAUGUCACGGUGGAGCACGUUGGAGGACCCGAGCAGUCCAAUCACAUAUGUUUCUGGGAAGAGUGUCCAAGAGAAGGGAAACCUUUCAAGGCCAAAUACAAACUUGUAAAUCACAUCAGAGUCCACACAGGUGAAAAACCUUUCCCCUGCCCUUUCCCAGGCUGUGGCAAAGUGUUUGCCAGAUCAGAGAAUCUCAAAAUACACAAAAGAACUCAUACAGAUGUCUACCCCGUUGCUCUCAAGGUAAUCUAGACAGACGCAGCUGAAAGCCUGAAUCUUAUGCCUUAGACAUCAAAGCAAACUCUCACAAAGAAGUAUUUCUUCACAACGGUGAAUCUUCAUGGUAAGUUAGGAUUUCUAUGGCAAUAGGCAAGUCAUACUUAAAUAGUGAAAGGCGAAGUCUGGAGCCCGUCCAGUCUUUUCAUUAAGGACAUAAUAUUUACGUCUAACAGGCCCUUUUUCUUGUGUAUACAAGUAUAUAUUUUUGUUUGACGCGAACUAAAUCAUUUUCAUUUAAUUUCCGGUAAACAAAACCCACGCGAACAGGGCACUUGUUCCAGACCAUAAUAAAAAUGGAUAAGACUGUCAGGAAGAAAAGGCCCGCUUGAACCGACGCCUCAGCUCACUUUUGUUUCUGCUUUCUGCCUGGAUCAGAGAAUGCGUUUGGGAUUUGAGGGCGAGUUUCUAAAGGCAAGGAAAUGGUUUUUAAGGGGGAAAAGAAAAGGAGAAAGGUCUAAUCAAGCUCGGGUUGUUCAAAGGGCCUGAUUUUGGGGUUGAAAGUGUGAGUUUUAUGGUGCAUCAGCAUGCCACGUUAGGAUCGCUAUGGUAAUGAGUAGAGCAAUAGCAAGCGGCCUUCAAAGGAGGCACACUCCAUUUGAGACAGUCUAUUAAGAUACAUUUGCACUGACCUUUGGUUUCAUGCUAGCUUAAUACACUCAAUCUGCUCCCCGCUACCGAUAUACUUCCUCCACCUCAUGCACUUCGACAGAGUUGGGGUUUGCUGGGCUUCGCCCUCCCCCCAAGGCCGGCCCUGCUCCCCGUUAUAACCCCGCUCUGCCUCUUCACAAAGCAAGGGGCUGCCAGCCGGGCUCAGGGCGAGCCCCGGUCCUCUCUCCCAGCAUUUUUUACCCUCUUCUCGGAUCAAAACCCGGCCACAAAGCCUACGAAGAGCUUCCCUCUCCUCCCCCCGACCCCUGGCAGGGGAAGAUAGGGUGGGGACCGAGAGACCCCCCCUUAGGCUGCCUCGCCCCCAGAGAGGAGGUGUGUUGAUGGAAGUCCCUCAGGAGUCAAGAAAGAGGAGCGAGGAGCGGGGGAAGCUGCCCGUGCCUCCCUUCUCACCGCGGCCGGCCCUGCGCGGCAACGAGCGAAGGCUCCGCGGUGAGGAGGAACUUGACACCCGCCCGGCCGGGGCCAUGGGCGCUGGGCCAUGGGCCCGGGAAAGUUAGAAGUCCAUGUUCCAGUAAUUGUCUUGUUGUUUAUUUUAUCCAAGUACCCUAGUGAAUAGGGGAAAAAUAAACACGAUGAAAAAAAAUUCAAACAGUUGAGUCGUCUUUAGUGCCAGCCCUUGUGGUUGAAUAAAAAGGAUGGUCCAAUUUCUAUUGAGCUGAGAAAUCUUUGAAGUGGGAGUUAUUAUCUGAGAAAUUCCUGCUCGUCGUCCUAACAACGCUGAUGAAACGUAAAAGGUUCUUUGUCAGCGAUUUGUUCUCCUCUCUGUCAAACUCACCCUGCCCGUUAGCUUUAAACCGUUUCUAAAGAGAUAAAAUCAAACUUUUAAAGAUAACUUUAGGGGCCCAGAGGGUGCAGAAAAUACCAAACUAUCGAAUCCUGUGUAUAGACAUACAUCUGGAUAUAUGUGUCUGUGACUGUGUGAAACUCUGUCUAUGUACAGAUCUCCAUAGAUGUCUCUAUGACCUUACUGUUCUAAAGUUGAAAUGAUGUCAAUUUUUUUUUUUUCCAUUUUAUCCUCUGAACUUUUCCGUCUAAUAAAUUAUUCUUACACAUAUGCUGCACAGAAUGGGAUUCUUGGGAGAAGGCAGAAAUGUUGGGUUUCAUUAACACCAGUGUGUGACCAACAAACGUUUUCUUUCCAGUAGAAUGAAAGCAAGAGCGUAGACAUAAGAGUAAAGGCUUUGAUCAUUUUAACAGUCCGAAUACCUAUUAAGCAUGUAUAUACUGCAAUGUAUCGAAGUUGUUAACGCAUUCAAAGAGAUGGCUUCCAUAUGUUCCCAUGUUUUAUUGUCCGUAAGUGUAAAGAUAGACAAACUGCAUCCCUUUUGUAUCUUCAUUUUAUGAGCAUCACGAUGUACACUGAAGCAACUCCCUUAUCAAGGUUUAUUUCGUAGUUUCUCGUUGGAGAUCAUGAAAAGCUCUUUUCUUAAACACGAAUUACUUGAAGUUGUAACUCAUCAGUGUACUUCUGGUUUAGUUGCUACCGAAUGCCAUUUUAAGCAGCCCCAUUAAUAUAAUAUACUCACUUCUCUGAGUAAAGAACGACCCAAACUGCAGUGAAGUGGGUAUUAUUAUUAUCGUUGUUAUUAUUAUUCCUGAAUCUUAUAAUAUUUAUGGGAAAAGCUCCCACAUUUCUUGUGAACCGUACAGAGAAGAAACGCCUCCGAAAAAUGUAGCUCGCAAACAAACAAGCAAACAUUUUGCAAUGUUGAUAUACUGUAUCUCUUUCCAGACUUCUUAUAUUUCAUAUUUUCCUUCGGCACAUGUUUGGUAAUGAAGGAAUGUUAUGUUGUGUGUUUGAACAUACUAUUUAUUUUUAAUAUUUGGAUUUUUUUACAAUAAAUAUUUAUAAACGUUUCAAUUCUAUGGUUAUUUUUACAGAUGUGCACUUUUAAAAUAUGUGUUUGUAAUGAUGAUACGGAGCCAUUCCUAAAACACUGUGUAGUCAACCUUGUCUUUCUGUUAUUUUUUAUACUAGUUGAAAAAAAUUUCCUCAAAGCGGUGUACUUUUAAUGUGGUGUACAAUCAAGUACUGAUGCGUGUUUUUUGUUGGUCUUUAACCUCUUUUAUUGUUAAUAAUUUUAGGUUGGCAUUUGCAUUAAAAGAA